AUGUCGACGGACUUCGAGCUAAAAUUAACAUCAUUACAAUAUUUAUCUACCGGCUGGAGAAGGAACAGAGACAUCUCCAUUUUUUCAAGUUUCCUAAUUUCAGGAAAUAAUGUGUUAGAGUCUCAGGACCUUUCUGAGUUGAGUGAAUAUCUGCUCUUUCAGGGAAGGUAUGUUCUCCUGAAGGUGUGGGAUGAAGGGAGGACAAGUUUUGUAGCCACAUCAACCAACUAUGCUUACUCUUUCCCCAGUGCUCUGGUGCUACUGAUUGCUCAAGAGAAGGAACGGAACAUAUUUGACCAGCGUGCUAUAGAGAAUGAGCUACUAGCCCAGAAUAUCCAUGUAAUCCGUCGAAGGUUUGAAGAUGUCUCUGAAAAGGGAUCUCUAGACCAAGACCGAAGGCUGUUUAUGGAUGGCCAGGAAGUUGCUGUGGUUUAUUUCCGGGAUGGGUACAUGCCGAGUCAGUACAGUGGACAGAACUGGGAAGCACGCCUGCUGCUGGAGAGGUCAUGUGCUAUUAAGUGCCCGGAUAUUGCCACCCAGCUGGCUGGGACUAAGAAGGUGCAGCAGGAACUGAGCAGAAUGGGUGUGCUGGAGAUGUUGCUCCCUGGCCAGCCUGAGACUGUGUCCCGCCUCCGUGCCACCUUUGCUGGCCUCUACUCACUGGACAUGGGUGAAGAAGGGGACCAGGCCAUUACUGAGGCCCUUGCUGCCCCUAGCCAGUUCGUGCUAAAACCCCAGAGAGAGGGUGGAGGUAAUAACCUAUAUGGGGAGGAGAUGGUGCAGGCCCUGGAGCGGCUGAAGGACAGUGAGGAGAGGGCCUCCUACAUCCUCAUGGAGAAGAUCGAACCUGAGCCUUUUGGAAAUUGUCUGCUACGGCCUGGCAACCCUGUCCGAGUGGUCCAGUGCAUCUCAGAGCUGGGCAUCUUCGGAGUCUAUGUCAGGCAAGGAAAGACACUUGUGAUGAACAAGCAUGUGGGACAUCUGCUUCGAACCAAAGCCAUCGAGCAUGCAGAUGGUGGAGUGGCAGCAGGAGUGGCAGUCCUGGACAACCCAUACCCUGUGUGAGGGCAUAGCCAAGCCUGCCCAGACUUUGCUCAAGAGACCUUGUAUCCCUCAUACUUGUCAUUCCUUACCUAGCCCCUCUGAGGGUCUUCCCUCCCUGCACCUUGGGAGGGCUGGUCUCUUCUGCUCUGGGAAGGAUGAAUGUUGGGUUCUUUUCCCCAGCUCUCCCCUCUGAGGACCAGAAAAGCUGUAUUUCCCUUAGGUGAGAUCUAUAGGCCCCUAAAUCCACAGAGUGUGGGUAUAACUAAAAGGACGCUGAUUUGAGGUAAGGGUCCAUAACCCUGCCACCCACCCGCCUGUCAGCCCCUCCUCAGCCUUUUCAGCAGGUUCCAGUGUCUGACCUAGAAUAGGACUGAGAGGUAGGAGAGGGGCAGUGAAGGGGCAUAGCCUUUCCUCACCUCUGCCUUAAAUAAAACAAUAUUGCUGAUUCUCUGA